CUCUGAGAGCGGCAGAUGAUUUUCUAUCCUGAAGAUGAGCAGACGAUGAAGAGUUUUGGGAGCAAGCAAAUUUUAGUGUACCUUUGACUUUUUGACGUUCUUCUAUUAGAAAUUAAAGUAUUAUUAAGUGAUUUCUCGCUCAUCUUUUAGUUCGAUAUGGCAUUAAGGUGCUAUUUCAAGUUGUUUGCGUCGUUGGUAGUUUUCUUGCUGCUUAAUGUAAUGUCCUCCCAAAGUGCUCCAGCCUUCAAGCUAAAGAGUUACAUGGCAUAUAGAAAGAAUAAUGGAGGGUAUCCUCCUCGUGCCGAUCGUCGGCUUAUGGACGGAACUUCUCCCAUCCAUUUCAUAAAUCCGUUUGUGCCUCCGUCAGAAUCCAUGAAUCCUUUCGGCAGUUUAUACUCUUCUUCAGGGUUGUCGGGAUCAGCUGCUGGCUCAGCGGUCUACAGGCUACCCUUGCGUCUAUUUUCUAAUGGGAAGCCACACAGUGUAAUUCAUGGAUUCCCCAGCAAAUCUCAUCACGUCAUGGACUUCUUGCCGCAUGCCUUAUCUAAUAUCAUACGGUUGCCACUGAAGUACAUUUCGAACGCAAAGCCUAUUGGCGUCUACCUCAAAGACCCAUCUUUCAACUAUUUGUGAUGUAUGUUCACAUUGUAUCGAACUUAAGAAAUUAUAGCAAAUCUUUAUCAGUUCCACGAAGAUGAUAAAAACAUUGACAUUUAUACAGAUGCAUCUUCAGAGACCUUUGCAAAUUCAGCAAAGAAUUAUUUUUUGUUGUUUAUCUUAGAAAUUUCGUAACAGAAAUUUCAAUAAGAUUCGUUGUUAGCAGCAACAUAUACAUGAUCGUUAUUUAUCAACGUAUGCUCCGAUGUGAAAGCGAGCUUUGUGAAAUGUUCAUAAUGAAAAAGAUGUUUCUCAUUCUUUUUUUAAUGUCAGAAAGUAAGGAAAAGGAACCUCUAUGAGAGAGUAUUAUAAUCUGAUUUAAAAAAAUAGCGCUGAAAUUUCAGUAUUUCAAAUAAUUUCAAAAAUUUUACAUGAAUUUUUUUACAUGUAAAUUGCAUGCUGAAUAUUUGUAUUACAAAUCUGUAUUUUAUUUAAAAUAAAAGGCUUUUAACUGCGAAAGAA